AUGGAGAAUCGACGAGGUUUACGUUCACGAUCAGGUCGCGUCGCGUCUUCUAGCGCCAGCCAGAAACGCCGAACCGAAGCAUCACCGGCUGGAGCUCCUCGAAAAAGGCGUCGACACACGCGGCACGAAGAGGACGCGGAGGAAGACGAAGAGAUGGAGGGAAUGGAUGAUGCGGUAGAUGGAGAGGACGAGGACGUCGAUAUGCGAGGCGGCAACGAAGGCGGAAGCUCAGACGAUAACGGCCGCGCAGAGAACGACGAUGAAGACGGAGAGGACGAGGAUGCCGGGGGCAUGAUGACUCACGCCUCCAAGUUUACCCAGCUACUUGCUGACCGCUCUACCAACGUCAAGGCUUGGGUGAAGGAUAACCGCCCCGUCGUGACUAUGGAGCAGCUGCUCGCUAGGCUACCUAGCGCGGAUAUAGAGGGCAGCUGGACGCAGGAGAUGGAGGAUGAUCUAAGGGCAAGGUUCGAGGCCAACCCGUUGCGGGCGUACACGGCAAAAAAGCGUAACGUCCACAACCACUUUUGGUCCCUGUGGAGAAAGACGUGCCAGCUACGCGGCGUCUUCCCUACGGACGUGAUAGGGGCUCGGGAGUACUUGGAGUACGGAGAUAAGGUCGAGGUAGCCAAAGGGGUUUGGGAGCCCGACCCCAACUGGAACCGUUCCUUUUGCGAGGCUUUAGACUUUUUGGUCGUCGCAUCUCCUUGUCGCGGAGACAUGGGACUCCUCUCUUUAUUCAUUCGAUACGCGGUCGCUUGCUCUAUCGACGAUAGGCGCCGCGUGCCCUUGGACGAGUCCGGCUGGAGGAGCCCGUACUUUAGGGACGUGGAGGGGGCCAUUAAGACGAUCAAAGGUCGACGUAGCCUUUUGUUUAUCGGAGAGCAGACUCGUCGGUUGUGGGGAGAACAAGGGUUAGAGAUCCCUUGGGAAGGACGGGUCUUCGCCCUGCUAGAGGAACAAUAUCAAGAGAGGGAGAUCGAGCCCUUCAACCAGGAGGAAGACGCGGAGUUCCAGCUGUACGCCGUAACGACCAACCACCUAAAAGUGCUCAUACAGGCUUUUAGAGAUGUUCACGAUCUCGGCUAUGCCAUGUUUUCCGACAUGGACGAACGCUUUAAAGUGAUUUCCAACGCGCGGUCGGGAAAGGACGCCCCAAAGAAUUGGGAAGACCUAACGAAGCUCCGCUUACCCUUACUACUAGCGGAUAUGAGGAUACGGGAGAAGCGCCUCCUGCACGCGCCCGACAGGUCCGAUUUGGACGAUCGAUCCGACGACUUUCCCGGGGAGCCGAGAGAUGGGGGAGAGCACGACGAUGGGAUGUUUGGGGGUGACGGUUAUGGGGGAGAGCACGACGACGAUGGAAUGUUUGGGAGCGACGGUGAUGUACCGAUGCCCGGCGUCGUCCCAGGGCCCAGUCGAAAGCCCCUAAAAGUCCGUUGCCCACGUAGCGGCCGUAUGGACAGGUAUACGGAGGAGGCUCAUAGCCACCUCGGUCCCGACUAUGAGGAUGAGUCUGUGCGUGGGACUGGUAUGGCGACGGCUUGGCAUGCGCUAGCCGCACCGAGGAGCAUACCCGCCGCCACGACAGGCGCAGGCGUCCUAGGAGGAUUAGCAGGUGCGUUGAGAUGGAACUCGGCUACUAUUUUAAAUAGCAUGCGGGAUGAUUAA